ACUUUAUGACUAUGAUGUCUUACUAGUUCUAUUCUAGGUAGAACAAAAUUGAAACAAAAGAUUUGGUUGGCAAAUGUGAAAGUGUAACGCGGCUGAGCACGCUCACUCUCAAAGGGUCAAAGAAACACAAGACUCAAUCAAGGCUUCCGCCACCAAACAAGGUUCAUACUCAAUCCCUGCAACUCCGCUACUGCCGCCGGAACGGCGGAACACCCCCAGACGACGUCACGAGAAUCACUCUUCCUUGCCUGAAAGAUACAACCUCACAAAGUUGAUCUUGAAUGGUAAUAAAUCACAUGAAUUUCCCUCUCUCAUACCCCUUUCUCUUCCUUCCUCCAAUUUAGCACCACUCUCCUAGCCGCCCCCCUCUUUUUUUUUUUUAAUCCACCCACACCGCCGUCGCCUCCUCCCUCCACCACCUUCUCUGCCUCCUCAUUCGGCGUCUUCUGUGUCGUUCUCCACUUCCUUCCCUCAGGUGGGGGUUAACUUUGGGAGGAGAGAUGUUGACGAAGAAUGAGGGAUUUCUGUCGUGGGAGGAACGGAUUAUUUCACAGGACAAAGGAAACCGUGUUGUCCACUAUUAUCUUACUCACUCUGUGGAUGAUUCUGUCCUGGCUAUUAAAGGCACUGAGAGGAGUGUCCGGCACAUGAUCUAUGUUGUUUCUGACACUUUUGUGGAGGACUAUGGUACUCUCUGUAAGGUUAAUGCCGCUACGAAAUGGCGGUCUCGAAGAGAGGUUGUUGAUUGGCUCACUAAGCUUGUCUCCAAACAUCAGCCACCGCGGUCCGAAUCCUUGGCUUGUGGUCAACCUGUUAAUGACCGGAUACGUGGAUCAAGUGGUUCUCUGAUUUCUCAUUCCCCCGUGAUGCUUCCUAGGAAGUUGAAGACCCAAAUUUCUGAUAUUGUGUGGAAUGGAGUAGGUUGGUCUUGUUCCAAAAAACUCAUGCAUUAUCCUUCCUUUAUCCGGACAGGGAUUACCAUUUCCGUGCAUUCUUUUGUAUUCAUCAUGGCUGCAGAAGGAAACCAUUACCUUGGUUACUUAGAAGACAUGUAUGAGGACAAAAAAAGACAAAAGAGGGUUAAAGUGCGGUGGUUUCAUCGCGACGAGGAAGUCACAGGUCUAGUGUCUCUGCUGGAUGCCCACCCUAGAGAAGUUUUUAUUACACCUCAUGUUCAAGUGAUUAAUGCAGAGUGCAUUGGUGGGCCUGCUUCUGUCUUAACUCCCAAACAUUAUGAGCAAUGUGUGGCUAUUCUUCCACAGUCUAUCUUAUGUAGGGUACAUUUGUGCUUCAGACAAUUUAAAAAUGAUCAGAUCAGACCUUUCACUGUAAGCAAAUUACUGGGUUAUCGUAAUCAAGCGGUUUUAUCCUGUAUAGAUCAUCUUCUUUUCUCAAAGAAAAAGACCAAGGUGCGUAAGUUUAGUUGGAAUCAGCAGGACUAUUCUACCAUAAGGGAUCACAUUAAACAAGGUUGUAAAAGAAAAAGACUUGACGAGGGGAAAAAUGGAGACAUCAAAGUAAGGGCUCGUAGAAGAGCUGAGACGAGUCGGUUAGCACUAGGGAGUCGAAUAACAAAAGUCGUUUCAUCAUAUCCUAAGCUGAAGAUAAAGUUAUCUGGGGAAACAUUGAAACAGGAAAGUUUGGUAGGAAGUCAUCAGGAGGUUUCUGCUUCUUUUAAAAUCAAUGAUGAAAUAGAGCUACUUUCUCAAGAUAGUGGCAUCCGAGGAUGUUGGUUUAGAUGCAAGGUCUUAGAGAUCUCCAGGAAGCAUUUGAAAGUUCAGUAUAAUGAUCUGGAGGAUGCAGAAAAUGCUGGAAAUUUGCAGGAAUGGGUUGCUUCAUGCAGAGUGGCUGCUCCUGAUAAAAUGGGUCUGAGAUGCUCUGGCCGUCUCACAACUCGUCCACGUCCACCUGAGGACUCCGGUGACUGCAUUCUUGAGGUAGGGACAUCGUUGGAUGUUUGGUUGUAUGAUGGCUGGUGGGAAGGGGUCGUAAUCGCAACUAAUGUAUGUGGAACCGAUCACCUGCAAAUGUACCUCCCUGGUGAAGAUAGAUAUAUGACCGUAGAGAGAUCGCAUGUAAGGGUGGCCAAAGAUUGGGUUAAUGGUUCAUGGGUUAAUGCGAAGACAAGCCCUGACAUUCUCUCCUAUAUCUCAGCAAAGUCAAAUUCGCGCUUAUUUGAUUGUACUAUGCCUCCUAUUUCAGAAGUUGUGGAAGUGGAAGAAGAUGGACAAGAAGCACCUGCUGUGGCCAAGCGUGAUCUUGUCCUUGGGAAUAUUGGGGACAAUACAGCAUUUAGUAGUCCAUUGAACAAAAAGGACAAUUUUUAUUUUGAGGUUAAUGAGAAAUUCGUGGGAAAUUUUAUUGGCUGUGGUGUUGGAAAUCUUGCUAAAGAUGACAGGCUGGGGUUGGAAAAGGAUUUUGAAUUUUGCAGGCAGCAAUGUGCACAGGUGAAUUCUGUGGAAGCUCCUGUCAGCUGAAGCAAAUUUUGUGAUGUGAAUGUAAGUAACAUACUUUGUAAAUAGACAGAGCAACCAAGAAAUCAGCAAUACAGAUCGAGGGAGUGAAGAUUUAUCGGAAAUUUUUAGCUGCGGAUUUUUGGGGUGGUGUAUAGAGAAGCUGAACAUACCUAUAUCAGAAGGUCUGAGUUCAAACAGCACUCUGUGGAAAAAAUUAAUACAACUCUUUUUUGUUGGUUCUUUAUUUUUAUUUUUUAUGUUUGUCAAUAGUAACAAGGUUUUUGAGUUAUAACUUAAAUUACCAUUGUAGCUUAAAACAAGUCUCCUCCCUUGAAUAUUAUUUAGGAGUACAUAGUACUCAAGUUCUCCGAGGUAUAAAAUUUGAUACAAGUAUGAAAUAUAGCAUCUUUUUACAUCCA